AGAACGUGAAGGCAAAUAUUGGAGGGAAAGAGUCGAGAAUCUUAAGAUCGAGAUUUGGUUGGAUGAACAGAAAUUUGUAGGGUUCGGUUCCUUUCAUCAUGAAUUCCGUAAACACAAAAGCUACGGCGGUGCUUUAUCACUAUCCAUGUCCCGACGGCGCGUUCGCCGCUCUCGCCGCUCAUCUCUACUUCUCCGCCGCUUCUCUACCCCCUCUCUUUUUCCCCAAUACCGUCUACAAUCCCCUCAGAACGGACCAGCUUCCCCUGCAUCAAAUUGACGACGUUUAUCUUUUGGAUUUUGUGGGGCCGUUUGGAUUUGUUGAGGACCUAUCUUCUAAAGUUAACAGAGUGAUAAUACUGGACCACCACAAGACGGCUCUUGAAAAGCUCAGCGAUGAGUCUUCAUUUGGUGAAAACGUGACUAAAGUUAUAGAUAUUCAAAGAAGUGGAGCUACAAUAGCUUUUGACUAUUUCAAGCAAAAGCUAAUACAAGAUGCUUACGGGAAUUUUGACGUUGGUUCUUCCAAUUACAAAGUGCUAAAUGAAUUUGAGCGCAUGAGGAGACUUUAUGAAUACAUUGAGGAUGGCGAUCUUUGGAAGUGGAGUCUUCCAAAUAGUAAAGCUCUUAGCAGUGGUUUCAAAGAUUUGAAUAUUGAAUAUGAUACGCUUUUGAAUCCUAACUUAUUUGAUCAGCUUGUUUGUCUAGACAUCAAGUGUCUUCUUUAUCGCUUAUGUGUGUUUUUGCAGUUACUAUCUCUGGAUAUGGAGACUAUGAUUAGUCGAGGAAUAGCAAGUUUAGCACACAAACAAAAAUUAAUAGAGGAUGCUCUUAAUCAAUCGUAUAGCAUUACACUCGGUGGUGGAGCUUUUGGACGUUGUCUGGCUGUUGAUGCAGAUUCUAUUUCAGAACUAAGGAGUGAAUUAGGACACCAAUUGGCUACUAAGAGUCAAAAUUCAAAUUUAAGAGGCAUUGGGGCUGUUGUAUACCGAGUCCCGGCACUUGGGAAUGACCAGAUGUUGAAAAUAAGUCUCAGAAGUGUUCGUGACGAGGACACAACUCGUAUCUCACAGGGAUUCGGAGGUGGGGGCCAUAAAAAUGCGAGCUCCUUCAUGUUAAGCUCAACAGAAUUCCAGAAGUGGAAGAUUUGAAUGAUGCACACAAGUAUUUGCAGUCGUGAAGUAACUUAAUGGGACUUUUCAUUCAAGGUAAUGUUAUAGCCAUGUGACAUAACAGCAGCCAGCAUCUGUGAAGAUUGCUCAUUAUAACCCUUCCCUCAUCUCAAAGAUUUCAUCCGGGCGGGAUAUGAAAUAAUGUUAAUUUCUGAACUUAUACGUGGAAUGAAUAAGUUGUUCUAAAUUAUACCUACACGGACCAAUCUCGGCAGCGUUCGAGAUGGCUCGACCGUGAGGCAAUCUUGUGAAACUGGACCAUGGUUUCCUGUGAACUGCUUGUAGAUAAUAUGGACAGCUUUAUAAAAUUGAAAAAAAUGGAAAGGAAUCGGUA